AUGACAUUAGUGGAGUUGGUGUGCAAAUAUCGAGGGAAUCGAAAGAUUCUCCUGCUCAUUGUUUACAUCGCUCUUUUCCUCGACAAUAUGCUCCUAACGACCGUCGUGCCGAUUAUCCCCGAGUAUCUUCUCCGAUUAUCGCAUCCAAAUGAGACGGAUCUCUUGCUGUACAAUGUUCAAAGUAAUGAUGUCUCGGACAACAUUCGAGGCAAGCGACAAGUCUGGAAUGAAGAUCAGGAUUGGGAUAUUCCGAUGGAGGAUCGUGAUCGGGACAUUGAUUGGGAGGAGAGCCCGCUUGCAUCGAAGGCGAAAAGUCGAAAGCCAAGCAGCAAGCAGAAAACAAAGAGUCGCUCACGAACAAAGUCGAAAAGUAAGAGUCCUAAUCGAGAGCUGGACAAGGAACGAGCGCCACCGGAAGAGGAUCCAAGCGCACGAGAAGGCCGACGUCACAACGUGCUCGCCGAAGAGAAUGUCCACGUCGGUUUGAUGUUCGGCUCAAAAGCCCUCAUUCAGCUGUUGAUCAAUCCUUUUGUUGGACCAAUGACAAACAAAAUUGGCUACACGAUGCCGAUGUUCAUGGGUUUCGUGAUCAUGUUUUUGUCGACAUUGAUGUUCGCGUUUGGUUCCUCGUAUGGGACAUUGUGGCUGGCGAGAGCUUUACAGGGUAUCGGUUCUGCGUGUACCUCGACUUCAGGCAUGGGAAUGUUGGCUCAAGCGUAUCCAGACGACGCCGAGCGUGGAAGUGCUAUUGGGAUUGCGCUCGGUGGAUUGGCUUUAGGUGUUCUGGUGGGUCCACCGUACGGAGGAGUACUCUACGAGUGGGCGGGCAAGCCACUUCCCUUCAUCCUGCUCGCCCUCUUGGCACUAUUUGAUGGAAGCUUGCAAUUCCUCGUUCUUCAACCAAAAAUUGAUCGCAGUGAGCCCGAGGGAUCAUCGAUAAAACAACUCGCGAAGGAUCCGUUCAUCAUCGUAGCUGCUGGAGCUAUCACCAUUGGCAAUUUGGGGAUUGCAAUGCUUGAGCCAUCGCUUCCCUUGUGGAUGAUGGAGAGCUGGCAAGCCGGAUCGUUUGAGAGAGGCAUCGCUUUCUUGCCCGCUUCGAUCUCUUACCUCAUCGGGACAAACAUUUUCGGGCCUUUGGCCCACAAGAUGGGAAGAUGGCUAUCAGCGUUUAUUGGCUUGGUGGUGAUUGGUUUCUGUCUAUUGUUGAUCCCAUCGGCUACUUCGGUGGGCGGACUUAUUAUCCCGCACUUCUGCAUGGGUUUCUCAAUAGGUAUGAUCGACGCCUCAAUGUUCCCAUUGAUGGGCUAUUUGGUGGAUAUUCGACAUGUCGGCGUUUACGGAAGCAUUUACGCCAUUGCUGAUGCGGCUUUCUGUUUCGCUUUCGCGUUAGGUCCUUUCUGUUCGGGGCCUCUAGUGAGAUCGGUUGGAUUCCCGACCAUGAUGUACCUGAUCGCAAUCAUCAAUUUCAUCUACGCUCCAUUGAUGUUCUUGUUGAGAGAUCCGCCACCAAUAAAGCGGGAAAAUGAGGCAAGCGCCGUUUCAAACGGAGUAAACGGGGUGCCGAGUGUCGGCGCUGGAGGGGAUCAUUAUGAGAAAAUCGAGGGAUCUGAUGUUGUCCGAAUGCAAGGGUAUCAAUAUGAAUAC